GAUCGUUUUCAUUCAAAUGCACUUUUACAAAUGAGCCUUGACUUGAGACACUUUGAUAUCUUUCUCCUCGUUUUCUCGUACUACUGAUACGACGGAGCUCCCACCCCCUCUCUGUUUCCUGAGGAGCUUUCCUGACUCUGACCUUGUCAUCAACGCCUCUGCUAGUGUGUGCUCUUUACGACCACAGCCAUGCUGGUGUGGAAUCCAGACAAUAUCAAAGAUGUCGCUGAAUCAGUGGGGAUAAACGCACUGAAUGAAGAAGUCGUCGACCAUCUCGCGAGAGACGUCGAGUAUCGCGUCUCUCAGGUACUGGAAGAAUCGCAUAAGUUUAUGAGGCACGGAAAACGCACACUGCUCACGACCCAGGACGUCUCAAAUGCAUUGAGAGUACUUGAUGUUGAGCCUCUGUAUGGCUACGAGUCUACUCGUCCGUUGAAGUUUGGGGAAGCUACGAUUGGACCCGGACAACCGCUGUUUUACGUCGAAGAUGAUGAGGUGGAUUUCGAGAAGUUGAUCAAUGCGCCGCUGCCUAGAGUGCCGAGAGAGAUAACUUUCACUGCUCACUGGUUGGCUGUGGAAGGAGUCCAGCCAACGAUCCCCCAAAACCCAACCUCCGCCGAUUCACGCAAUUUAGAAUUAAUUUCGAAAGGGCCAAAUGCGAACGCUAAUCUGGCUGCGAUGAGCGGGAACGAGAACGUCACAGUGAAACCUCUAGUGAAGCAUAUUCUCUCUAAGGAGCUGCAGCUUUACUUUGAGAGAGUUUGCAGCGCUUUUUUGGAUGAGUCGAACGAGGAGUAUCGCCUGUCUGCCUUUGCUAGCCUGAAGGAGGACCCCGGUUUGCACCAGCUCGUACCGUAUUUCGUCCAGUUCAUAUCAGAGAAGGUCACCCAUAGUUUGAAGGAUCUUUUCGUGUUAACGCAGGUCAUGCAUAUGACCGAAGCGUUGAUUCAGAAUAAAACGCUAUAUGUUGACCCAUAUGUUGCCUCCCUGAUUCCGCCGGUAUUGACCUGCGUUAUUGGGCGCCAACUUGAAGGUGGAUCGGACCCCCUGGAUCACUUUACGCUUCGCGAUUUAGCUGGGUCUCUCAUCGGAAUGAUCAGCAAGAAGUAUUCGCAUUCGUCACAUAGGCUUAAGCCCCGACUGGCGAGAACAUUCUUGAAGAACUUCAUGGAUCCCAGCAAGCCCUUUGGAACGCAUUAUGGUGCAAUAAUCGGUUUACAUUCGAUCGGAGGACCCGAUGUUAUUCGCGAGCUAAUCAUUCCCAAUCUUCCAACAUAUGAAGUUGUUCUCAAGGAUGUCGCUGGAGAUGAAGGGCUGCGGAAGUCGGAAGCCGAAAAGGUUAUAGGAGUUAUCCUUGCAGCUCUUUCCACGAUUCAGGAUGAGAAAGCACCUCUUACGAACGGAGUUGCAAAUGGGGCGAUGGAGACGCUAAGCAAACAGUUGACUAAAAAGAUCGGAGGAAUACUAGCUUCACGAAUAAUCGAUUCUGGCAACGUACGGCUUGCUCAGGCUAUUCUUGGGAAGUUUUGAGAAAUCCGCCUUGGAUACUACGAGGACCUUGGUUUGGCGUUAUCAAAAAACAGGACGGGCGUGUGUAAUGGUGUACUGUUUUCGCAAAAAAUUGGUGGCAGGGUGGUUCGAUCCGGGUCACGGAGUACAGCGCCGGCGUUAAUGGGGCAGGAUGGAUACCAGCAGUGCCAUUUGUGGGUUCAUAUCUACCUUUAACAUAUUCACUACUUGCCUCAGGCUUUUUACUGGAGGCCUAUUUGUUAUAACGGAUAUUUAUGUAUUUCUUGAUAGAGAA